AUGGUGUCCAUAUCCAGGAUUGCUUUUGUCACCUUCGGGGUCAUUCAAGGGGCAACUGCGUGGGGUGCAUUAGGCCACGCAACUGUAGCCUAUGUUGCACAGCAUUACAUUUCUUCUGAAGCCGCAUCAUGGGCAAAAGAAAUUCUGAACGACACUUCCAGCUCAUACCUAGCAAAUAUUGCUUCCUGGGCGGACAAAUAUCGCCUCACAGACGACGGCAAAUGGUCAGCCCCAUUGCACUACAUUGACGCCAUGGAUGACCCGCCAAAAAGCUGCAACGUGGACUACGAGCGCGAUUGUGGAGAUGAAGGCUGCUCGGUUUCUGCCAUUGCCAAUUACACCCUGCGCGCAGGCAAUGGCAAACUUAGCACUGUCCAUACUGCCGAAGCUCUCAGAUUCCUCGUGCACAUCAUUGGCGAUAUCACGCAGCCACUGCACGACGAGAACUAUGAGGUUGGCGGGAAUGGCAUCAACGUCACUUUUAACGGCUACGAUGACAACCUUCACUCGGAUUGGGAUACAUAUAUGCCCGGAAAGCUGGUUGGCGGCAGUUCGCUCACGGAUGCGCAAGGAUGGGCCGACAGCCUGGUCGAUGAGAUUAAUUCCGGCACCUACAAGAAUCAAGCUGAAAGCUGGAUCAAAGGCGAUACUAUCAGUGAUACUGUCACCACUGCUACUCGAUGGGCGUCCGAUGCUAAUGCCUUUGUCUGUACUGUUGUCAUGCCGGACGGAGCUGCUGCCUUGCAGACCGAUGAUCUCUACCCGACAUAUUACAACUCCGCCAUUGGCACGAUCGAGCUGCAGGUUGCCAAAGGCGGUUACCGACUAGCCAACUGGCUCAACCUGAUCUACGAGCAAAAGAUUGCUAAACAUCGGCCAGGGAAAUUCGGCGAAGGGUCCCGAGAUGCAGAUCCUGAGCCCGAGAGUAACCGCAUGUCUCUUCGCCCUCGUCAGAUGAGUCGUGCAAAUUUGGCUAGAGCUGCUAUGGGAGGAUCUUGCUGCACCUCAGAAGGACGUGAGCAUAGCCAUUGA